AAAUAUCUUUUGCCAUCUUUGGAGAAAGAAUUAUUCUUGGCAGAGCACAGUGACCUUGAAGAAGGUGGACUGGACCUUACUGUGUCAUUAAAGCCAGUUAGUUUCUACAUAUCAGACAAAAAAGAAAUGCUUCAGCAGUGCUUCUGUAUCAUAGGGGAGAAGAAGUUACAGAAGAUGCUUCCUGAUGUGUUAAAGAACUGUUCAAUAGAAGAAAUUAAAAAACUAUGCCAGGAACAGUUAGAGCUUCUGUCUGAAAAAAAAAUCUUGAAGAUUCUUGAGGGUGACAAUGGUAUGGAUUCUGAUAUGGAAGAAGAGGCGGAUGAUGGCUCUAAGAUGGGAUCUGAUUUAAUCAGUCAACAAGACAUUGGUAUAGAUUCUGCUUCAUCCCAGAGGGACAACAAGCAGGCUGAAAGUUUGGAAUUAAAACAAGGUAAAGGGGAAGAUAGUGAUGUACUCAGUAUAAAUGCAGAUGCUUAUGACAGCGACAUAGAAGGCCCAUGCAAUGAAGAAGCAGCUGUUCCUGAGAUCCCAGAAAAUCCGAUCCAAAGUGAAGCUGGUCAGAUAGAUGACCUGGAGAAAGACAUUGAGAAAAGUGUGAAUGAGAUUCUGGGACUGGCAGAGUCUAGUCCAAAGGAACCCAAAGCAGCCACUCUAACUGUUCCUCCAUCAGAAGAUGUCCAGCCGUCUGCACAACAACUGGAGCUGCUAGAACUUGAGAUGCGGGCCAGAGCAAUUAAGGCGCUAAUGAAAGCUGGUGAUGUAAAAAAGCCAGCAUAG